GUUCGUGAACGUCACAUCUCUAGUGCGGAGUGGAUAAAGUUGUUGAUGUUGAGUUGGCAGUUUGGCUCUAGCGUAGACUUCUUUAUCUGCUGUCCUAUGUCUCUCUGAAGGUGGCUGUAUUUAUCCUGCAUGUAUUGCACAUUUAAGAACAUGAACACACAGUUAAUGCCACAAGUCUGCUGUGGGUAACGUGGUGUGUUUGUGUGGUCGCCUAGCAGUGGUGUAGCUUCAGUAUUAGGGUUCAUCUCAGUCCUGUAGCUGAUCACCAUCGGGCUGCACUCAGAUCAACUUUGACCUCUCAGUGUCAACGUGUUUGUAUUUGUGCAUUUAUUAUCAUUUCACUGUGUGCUGAGAUCGGAUGAAGCCGAUACCAUGACGACGAGGAAAGUGAACGUGGUCAUCCUUGUGCUGCUGGCUGUGGCUUUUUUGAUCAUAGUGCAACGUAAUCUCCUCAACCUCAGUGACUUUUUACACAAGGAACAUCCAGAUGCAGGAAUGAUCCUUCCCUUUGAAGCGGAGCUGUCACCAGACCUCAAACUGCAGCUGGAGAGGAAAGGAGAGGAGAUCCCUGUUCUCAUCACUGCAGCUGAGGAGAGACUGGGCGCUGUGGUUGCUGCCAUGAGCAGCAUCUACCAGAACAGUAAAGCAAAUGUGGUCUUCACCAUAGUGACUCUAAAUGACACUGUGGAACACCUGAAAGUGUGGCUGAGCAACACUAAGUUAAAAAACGUCAAUUAUAAGAUAGUUAUUUUCCAGCCUGAGCUCCUCAGUGGAAAGAUAUCAAAGGAUCCCCAGACACUUGAGGCUACAAAACCGUUGACUUUUGCAAGGUUUUAUCUACCUGCAUACUUACCAGAGGCAGAGAAAGCAAUCUAUCUGGAUGAUGAUGUUAUUGUUCAAGGGGACAUCCAGGAUCUCUAUGAAACCCACGUCAAGCCAGGACAUGCAGCUGCUUUUUCAGAUGACUGUGAUUCAGCGUCUGCUAAGGGUAUCAUUCGUGGAGCUGGAAAUCAGAAUAACUACAUAGGCUUCCUGGACUUCAAGAAGGAGGCUAUCAAGAAGCUGGGGAUGAGGGCCACCACCUGCUCCUUCAACCCAGGAGUCAUCAUUGCCAACCUGACCGAGUGGAGGAACCAGAACAUCACUAUGCAGCUGGAGCACUGGAUGGAGCUAAACACACAGGAAGAUCUGUACAGUAAGACACUUGCGGAGAGCAUAACCACGCCUCCUCUUCUCAUAGUUUUCUACAAACGCCACUCCACCAUCGACCCCAUGUGGCACGUCAGGCACCUAGGCACCACAGGCGCUGGGAACCGUUACUCCACUCAGUUUGUGAAAGCUGCCAAACUCCUCCACUGGAAUGGACACUACAAGCCGUGGGGGAGAACAUCCUCUUUUUCAGACGUGUGGGACAAAUGGUUCAUUCCAGACCCCACAGGAAAAUUUCAUCCUGUCAGAAAACAUACAGAUUGAAAAAUCUGGUUUCAGGAACUUUAAAAUUUUUUUUUUUAAACCAGCAGAGCCAGCCCCCGUCCCAGCAGGAACACUCCUCUGAAAUCUCAGGAAGCCUUGUCGUAUGUUAGCCCUGUACUUCUAUUCUUAUAGUCUCAGAACAUGUGCACCUGUGUUUAAUCACAUUCCCUUGAACAUAUACAUUUAACUUUUCUUUCACCGGUGUAGCUUAACAUUGCUUAAAGGUGACAUAUCAUGCAAAAUUGACUUUUUAAUGGUUCUCUACCUGAAAUAUGUGUCCCUGGCAUGUCUACAAACCCCCCGAGAAUGAAAAGAAUCCAUUCUGCCCCUGUUUUGAUUUCUCCACCUUUCUGUAAAUGUGUGUGAAACGAGCCGUUUCAGACUUCCGUGUUUUUGUUACGUAACAACAAUAUCCGGUCUGUCACGGAGUCAGAGCUCAGAGCUUGUUCAGCCCAUAGACUGUAUAAAAUAAUACUGAAUCCCUCCCCCGUUUUUCUUUACCUGCACAUGUGUGCUAACAAGGAGCUUAUGAGGGAGGCAUGCUAGUUGUAGGCUGUCUUAAUAAACACAAAGGUCGGUUUUACUCCCCACGUCUGCAGAUUUGAAGAUCUAGUGGAUGAUUUUUAUUGAUCAUGGAUAAGUGCUAGCGCUUGUUAGCAUAGCCACAUAGCUACAUGUUCGUAGCUGUGUACCAAGACACACGUCCACAUACUGACAAAUAAAACAACAAGAAACACUAAAUCUGUGACCAAUCCUUCAGAAAGGUCCUGCUACAGGCGCCUCUCCGUCAGGAUCAGAUUCUGGAUCAGAUUCAGAGGGUUGAAGUAACGCUAUCUGUGAGCAGCCGUGUAUAUUCAGCCAACAUGUAAACAUUAGAUCAACGUGCUGGACAGCCGAGGGCACAUCCACUUCCUGAGGGGGCGUGGUCAGAGAGAAAACAGAGUGUUCUGAGGAGGACUGAAGAAGAGGGUUUUUCAGGCAGACCAAAAUCUGAUUUCAAAGUGUUUUUUUGAGCAUAAACUUUAAAGACAUGUUUUGGGGAACUCUUAGACCAAUAUAUAUUGAUGAAAAAAGGGUGAUAUGUCACCUUUUAAAGAAAAUUAUUUCACAUUCCUUUUAUCCAGAAACUUGGAGCCCUUACAUUUUUCAUGGCCUACACUUCUUAGUUUUUAAUUAACAGACUGUUUUCUUCUGCAUGCAUCCAGAAGGUAUGACCUUAACACACCAAUCCCACUCAGCAGUAUUGAGCUUGUGUUACAAUGUGCCUGCACAACCAUGUAAAUCCUAAGUCAUGGUUAUGGCGACAGUACGUGUGUAUUCCUUUACUUUGCUUGCAGCCACAAGAAGUUCAUAAAUCACCUCAGCUAUGAUGUUGUGGAACAGUUGGACCUAUGAGCGGCUUCACUGCACAGACGUGUCAUAUUGUUACCUCAGUUCAAAACCUCCUGUGGAAAAAUUAUGACUUAUACAGAAUUGGAAAAAGGCUCAUCAAAAAGGUCCUUAUUAGGUAUCUGUAAGCAGUAGUCAGUGUAUUGUUUAGAAUUUUUCUCACCAAUCCAACUGAAAAUGUGAUCUAAUUUUUCCAGUUAAUGCAUUCAUUUUUAUGUCUAUCCAUUAACUAUGCCAUGAGUUAUUUAUUCAAUGUUCUUCUGCCUCUCAUACUGAACUGUUUAUGUGUUUGAUUGUUUUUAAUGCAUGGACCACUAAGCAAGCUUCUGCUAAAAAUCUGAAGAAAAUAUAAACCUUUGUCAUCUCCAUCAGGGUUUUGUAUCUACCAAAAAGCAUUCACCUUGCUGGUGUAAAUAUGUCUUUUGUAUAGAAAGUGUAAUAAAGUUACAUUUUUAUUGUUUUAA